AUAAUUGAUUGAAUAGUUAACUCCUGUGGUCGCAGUUCUUGUUAUACUGGAACAAGUGAUUCGAUAUUUUCAACGACAAGAUUUGUCCAGAUUUCAAGAUUAUGUCAUUAAUUCUGGAUCCGCCAUAUUAUUUACCUUGAUGAGAGUAUUCUUGUUGACCACAUCGGUUUAUGCAUUCACUUGGAUAUUUACCAAUUAUGCUAUAAUUGAUUUGCCCCUGCAUUCAAUAUGGACCUGGAUAUUCUCACUGAUUGUCGUAGAAUUCACGUAUUACUGGACCCAUCGGGCGCUCCACGAGUUCAACAUCCUAUGGGCUGCCCAUCAGUUCCAUCACAUGGCAGAGGAUGUGAACAUCACGACAACAAUCCGCGACUCUGUCGUCGAUUUAUUCAUAUAUGCCAUAUUUCCGCUGCCACUUGCCCUAUUAGUACCCCCUCCAUGCCUUAUGGUAUGGCUGCAUAACUCAGUGGUGGGUAAUCUGGGUUUCCUGGAGUACAUAAUCAAUACUCCCCGACAACAUCGCGUACAUCACGGGAAAAACCGGUACUGUAUUGACAAGAAUUACGGCGCGUUAAUUAUGGUUUGGGACCGACUUUUCGGUACACAUCAGACAGAGAAGGAGAAGAUUCUCUACGGAGUGGUGUCUCCGACACCCAAAACAUACGACUCAAUGAUUUUACAGUUUGGUUACUAUCGAGACGUUUGGCAAAAGUUUUGUAAAGUUGAGGGCUUUUGUAAUAAGAUGUCGGCCUUGUUUAAGGGUCCCGGUUGGACACCCGGUAAACCACGACUCGGAGAUAUCAAUGAUGUGCCCGAAGUUGACUACACUCUACCCAAGUAUAGUCAUGACCCGUAUAUCGAGGACUGGAAGAAGAUAUACAUUGCUUUUCAUUCAGUAAUAGUUGUAUUGGCUUUUUAUUUACUUGGAGAACAUCCUUAUAUCGUUAUGAAAUGGCCGAUAGGCGCGGGUCAGUACCUACUGCUCGAUACCCUGAUGUGGAGCACACGUGUGGCUCACAUACUCUCUAUGCUAUUUUGGUUCGUGUAUUGUUGUAAACACCGCUCGAGUGAUACGAGUGCUGACAACGAGAGCACUGAAUAUACGGUCGUCGGGAAGGGUGUGAAGGAUGUGGAGAGCGAGACCUCAUCGAUGGCCCGCAGGAAUGGCUACAAAGCUAUUGGUGAUUAUAACCUUAAAGAUCGCACCCGAACGGCCCGACACCGGGAAGUGGACAAUCGCGUGCCAAAAGUUCGGGCUUUGGCCGACAAGUUCCCUCAUACCCACGAUAUUCUCUUAUUAUUCCACUAUCACAUGACUUUUAUGAUCAUUCUCUGCAGUCAUGGGAAAUUAUGUUUUUCUUUCAUUCCGGCCAGAUAUGUGUUCAUUGGGAUGACAGCAAUGGGCCUAUUCUUGGUCUACGCUUUCAAAGGAUUUUUAGGGGUGGCUAUUGUGGCAAUGGUCACCCGGGAGUCAGCAUCCAAUUCAACGGGGUUGGAGUGUCCCGGCCCUGACACUACAAUCGACAACAGCAACACCAAUACUCGGGGUGACUUUGAUUGGGACGAUCACCAACAGGCCACUGUAUUGGGCUGUUAUUUUUACGGUUAUAUUGUAUUACAAGUGCCGGCGGGUGCGUUGGCCGAGCUAUUUGGUGCUAAAUGGAUAUUCGGGAGCAGUAUAUUGAUCAGUUCAGUGCUAUCCCUGUUGGGUCCGGUGGCCGCGCGCUGGGGUUUUGCCCCGUUUUUAGUAACCCGUAUAUUACAGGGCUUAGCACAGGGAGUGAUCCUUCCCUGUAUGAACGCUAUGAUCGCCCGAUGGAUGCCUAAAAUGGAGAGAAGCCGAGGAAUAUCUGUGAUUUUUGCGGGCGCCGCCAUUGGCUCAGUGGUUACUCUACCCCUAACCGGGUAUCUCUGCGACGAGACUUUUCUAGGCGGUUGGCCCGCAAUCUUCUAUGUGUUGGGAAUUGUAGGCAUUAUUUGGUCUGUUUUGUGGACUAUUUUUGUAUUUGAUUCCCCGGAAAGUCAUCCCUUUAUUUCUCAACGCGAAUACGACUACAUAUGUGACGGACAGGGCGUUGAAAAGACUUCGACUAGGAGGAGAAUUCCAUGGAAAUCAAUUCUCACAUCAUAUCGAGUAUACGCUAUGAUUAUCACUCAUUUUGGUCAGAAUUGGGGUUAUCUAACAAUAUUAACUCUAUUACCCACUUAUUUCACCAAAAUUCUUCACAUGGAUAUUAAAACAAAUGGUUUGAUAUCAAGUCUUCCUUAUUUGAGUUUAGCACUCGUCUCAAUCAUAUCGUCGUAUAUCAGCGAUAAGGUUAGAGAAAAGGAAAUGAUCAAUGUUUCUAAUCUAAGGAAAAUUAAUAAUUCAAUUGCAUUUUUUGGGCCGGCUAUAUGCCUAUUAGGAGUAAUAUUCGCUAAAUGCGAUACAACAUUAAGUAUAGUGUUGUUUGUGAUUGCAUUGGGACUCAACGGGUUUUGUUACCCGGGCUUUAACUCAAACUAUGUCGAUAUGUCGCCCGAUUUCUCGGGAAUUCUAAUGGGUAUUUGCAAUUCAAUCGGUAAUAUUCCGGGUUUUGUGGCCCCAAUUGCUGCCGCCGAGUUCUACUCCAAAGGGCAAACAUUGGAGAACUGGUCGCAUGUUUUCUAUACAUGUAUUGCAGUUUAUGUGUUCACACAAUUGGUUCACAUACUGUUUUCCACCUCAGAAUUACAGGAGUGGGGGAUCAGUAAACCGGCGGAUGACUGUCCGCAGACAACAAACAUUUAUAACAGCAAAACAACUAAAUUAGAAAGAAUUUGA